CGCCUUACAGCUAGUUAUCACAUCUUCUUCUUCUCCUUCUCCUUCUCCUCCUCCUCCUCCUGCUUGCUGAAAAAGCACACUCACGGAACCCAAUCUACAGCGCCCAACAGGUCUGUCCCGUACCUGCGUCUGUGCUUUUUUGUGGCCCAUGACAACUCCGACGCCACUCACUCCCAUCUCUCUCUAGCUUUUGGAACCAGCUGCUCUGCUCUGGAAGCAUCGUCCCCCAGAACACUUCAUCUGCUCACGCACCGCACUCCCUACCAUCACCGCCGACUUUUGCCACAGCCUGCUCGGCGCAGCAGUAGCUUCUCGGCCACCCCAUGUGAGAGGUUUCCCUCAGGAAAAACAUCCCAAUCUUUCUCCUCCCCAGCCGCUUCCCUCCGCAGCACCCCUGGUUCCUCUCCCUCUCCCUCUCCUCCCACUUCUUCUUCUUCUUCUUCUUCCUGCAUUCCUGCGCUCAGACGAGCAGCAGAAAUCACCGAACCUGGAGCCAUUUCGCCGCGAUCACCGUGCCCCUCCCGUGUCCUUUCCCCACGAUAACUACGAUCGUCGCCUGAUUGUGUCCGUCACCAAAUCGUCGAAGAAAUUGGCGCGAACGACCUUUGUUGUGGAAGCCAGUUUCCUCUGCUACAUCUGCACCCUGUUCGAGCCACCCUAACUUGGGAUUGGCCCUCCUCUGCCCUCUGCUUUUUUACUAAAUCUCGUUAAUUUCCUCGAUCGAUCGCUCCACGGUUCUGCCUCGCCCCGAGUACCUUACCCCGCCCGCUGGGUGAUCGUGUAUCAUGGGCCAGCAGCAGUCCAAAGGGAGCGGUGGUUCAAGGAUAUCUUCAGACAAGGGUGGACCCGAGUCCCUCCAGUCUUACCCAUCCUUCUCUCGAUCCGACACAAGGGACUCGACUCGCUCCAUUCGCGGCUCCAUCCGGUCCAAGAUACCCGGGUCAAGCAAAAGCGACAAGUUCGACAGCCCCAAAGGUUCCAAUGGAAAUGUGACGCGCGGAGACAUUGGCCCCGGGGAUAAGCCAGAUGGAGGACCUGUAGCGCUCCCCUACAGAACUACCUCGGAUGCUUCUGUCGUUACAGACAAGUCCACAGUUUCUCAAGAGGAGGAUGAGUCCGCCUCCCUUGACGUGCCGAGGCUUCCGCCGUCACCGCGACAGUCAGCUUCCCUAGGUCGCGGCCACGAAAAUGUCAAUGCGGCGCAGAGAUCAGGAGAGGUGGACCACGUCUCUGAGGCGCCUCCAACUGGCGCAGGACAGUCGAUUGUGUCCCAGAAACCGGGUGAAUCGAUCCUUAUAAAGAGAGAUAAUAUGAUCAAUCCCGUUCUGCGUGACCUCAAUGGAUCCUCGCCCUCAGAGAGCAUUGGCAUGAAUGGUUCGCCCGGCAUGGGAAUCGGGUCACUUAAGUCUAUCGACGUCGAUGAUAUGAUUACUCGGCUCUUGGACGCGGGAUAUUCCGCCAAAGUCACUAAAGCUGUGUGCUUGAAGAAUGCAGAAAUCAUCGCGAUUUGUGCCGCCGUACGUGAAGUCCUUCUUUCGCAACCUGCCUUGGUUGAACUCUCAGCGCCAGUCAAAAUCGUUGGCGAUGUCCACGGCCAGUACACAGACCUGAUUAGGCUCUUUGAAAUGUGCGGGUUCCCGCCGGCUUCCAACUACCUCUUCUUGGGCGAUUACGUCGACCGUGGCAAGCAAAGCUUGGAGACAAUUCUUCUUUUGUUAUGCUACAAAUUGAAGUACCCCGAAAAUUUUUUCCUGUUGCGUGGCAACCAUGAAUGCGCCAACGUCACUCGUGUCUAUGGGUUCUACGACGAGUGCAAACGCAGGUGCAACAUCAAGAUAUGGAAAACGUUCGUCGACACUUUUAAUUGUCUUCCGAUCGCCUCUAUUGUCGCUGGCAAGAUCUUCUGCGUUCAUGGAGGCUUGUCCCCGAGUUUGUCGCACAUGGACGAUAUCCGUGGUAUUGCUCGACCUACAGAUGUUCCCGACUACGGAUUGCUCAACGACCUCUUAUGGAGUGACCCAGCAGACAUGGAGGAAGACUGGGAACCCAACGAAAGAGGAGUGAGUUACUGCUUUGGUAAAAAGGUCAUCAUGGAGUUCUUGCAACGUCACGACUUUGAUCUUGUGUGUCGAGCACACAUGGUGGUCGAAGAUGGAUAUGAGUUUUUCAACGACCGAAUUUUGGUUACCGUGUUUUCCGCCCCAAACUACUGCGGCGAAUUUGAUAACUGGGGUGCAAUUAUGUCGGUUUCUGCGGAAUUACUGUGCAGCUUCGAGCUACUAAAGCCACUUGAUUCGAGCGCUCUGAAGAGUCAUAUCAAGAAAGGCAGAAAUAAGCGCAAUAGUAUUCUGAACAGUCCGCCUGCUCUUGUGUCCGCUCAGAGUUAUUAAGCCUGGUUACGCUGUUUCCCACGACACUCUAGUUAUCUAGUGAGACUCUAGGCCGAUCUGGUCAUGGGAUGUCGCGCAUUGCCUUCGAAUUUACGCCGCUACCGAUUUAAAUUUGCCGUACUACCGUCAGACAUGCCACUUGAGCGGCCAGUGUUGACUGUUGUCCGGGUGUGGGCCAUUAUGCCCGCAAAUUGCCCUCUUUCUGGGAGCAUCAGGCGGCUAUUGAAGCCCGACUUCAGGGUUUUGUUUUGGUUGCAUACGCCCUGUCCGACGCGUAGAUUCAUACGCCGCUCCGGGAUGGUCGCCACUUUAUUGCCCAGCAUCACUUUUUAAGUUCACAGGAUUCGAUUGCCCUGUCCUCCAUUGAUCUCAAGUAGAUAGACACACGUCUGACCGCAGUUUCCGACACGCCUCCGCAUGCCUUCGCGUUAGCAAGCGCCACGCCUGUUCUUCUAUCUCCCUUUCUGGAUUGAGCGUAUUGCACCGACUUUCGAGCCUCGCUUUUGAGCACAACCGAGUACCUGAGUGACAUGUCGACGCUUGGACUGGCAUCGCACCAGGUCUAUGCAGCUCUGAUAGCACAUACGUAUGUGUGCGCGGUGCAUGCAGUUUGUACUGUUGCUUGUUCCCCACAGUGGACGCUGAAUUCCCGCUCUCUUACGCCGCCACCCCCCGAUUACGGAGGAUUUUUAGUCUGCUUUCUUGUGUGACAUAACCUCCAUGACCAAUAUGUGUUUUGCUUUUUUAAUGAGGAUUGCGUUUCUUUUCUUUUACGGAGCAACUACCUUGCUGACAGACCCUUAAACGUCCAUACGCCGAGUCCCAUUUUUUGUUUGUUUACAGGUGUUGAAUUUUUAUCUUUCCUGUCCCGUCCCCCUUUUUUUGCACUCCAUGCUCUUUUGAUGUCUUUCCGGUAUUAAAUAUCUAUCUUGAGCAGCGAUGUGCUUAUUUAUGCCUAUAUUCUGUCCAUAACCUCAUUCUGCCUUUGACCUACAUACUCUGGAACGGAAUUGGUUUUGUUAACUGGUUUGCCUUGAAAACAUCUUCCCCCCAAAGCCGACCUAGUUUAAGUUGACGGUUGUGCACACUUUGUCCCUCUUUCUUGUACGUCCUCUCUCGUCCAUCCCCUUCCCAUCCGGACAGAAAACCAGGAAAUCAACAAGAUAUGCAAAAAGUCAGGGGAUCCAAGGAUGUGAACCAUGCGCUGCUGCAGUUACGCAGAUCUGGUAAAUUAGGUCCCCCUGCUUUUGCGUUUUUUUUCUUUUAAAG